GUCGUUUCCGUUCUUUGUCCGUCCUGCUUGUCUUGUCGUCCUUGUCGACGCCAAGCGGUUGGAGUGUUGUGUUUUGUGGUGUAUUCAUCGCACCUCGUUGACGCACUCGCUCUUUCAAGUCAUUCAUUGAUCCAUUCCUUUCUAUUCACUCGCACCCCAUUCAUUCCUUUUUCCUAUUGUCACUUGCCCUUCCUCUUUUGUUGGAGCCUAUCAUUCCUCCGACUUCGAUUCAACCCUCCGCUUGACCCUGUCGUGUGACGGACCUCUGCAUUUGCCUCUCUGCAGCUAUCUCGUCUUCUCCGAGAUCACCAGAUUCAAAUAUCUUCAGUACUGGCUGCUGAAGUCUGUCGCCCGCAGCUUCUUUCGAUAUAUUAUCGUCCGUUCACCCUCGUCGUUCUCUGCCGGUUCAGGGAGCAUCAGCUAUCUUGAAGAUGGCUUCCAUUCGCGCGUCAAUCAUGGUCUUCGUGGCACAUCUGUUUCUUCUCGGAUUGCCCCUCGGUCUGGUCGAUGCCGUCCCCCUGUCCGGCUCGGACGUGACUUCGCAUCUCGCGGAGCGCUCCACGGACUACUGGGUUGGCACCAUCACCCGCCAGGGCACUGUGCCUUUCAGCAACGAGACCAGCAGCUAUAAGAUCUACCGCAACGUCAUGGACUAUGGCGCCAAAGGUGACGGUACUACCGAUGACACCGCUGCCAUCAACGAGGCCAUCUCAUCCGGUGGCCGCUGCGGUGAGGGCUGUGACUCGUCGACAACGACCCCGGCCCUCGUUUACUUCCCCCCCGGUACCUACCUCGUGUCCACUCCCAUUAUCCAGUACUACUACACCCAGAUGGUUGGUGACGCCAAUGAUCUUCCCGUCCUGAAGGCCUCCGCCGCUUUUACCGGUAUGGCGGUCAUUGAUUCCGACCCCUACCUCUCGUCGGGUGCGAACUGGUACACGAACCAGAACAACUUCUUCCGCGCCGUUCGCAACUUUGUCAUUGAUCUGACUGCCAUGCCCGAGUCGUCUGGUGCUGGUAUCCACUGGCAGGUCGGCCAGGCCACCAGCCUGCAAAACAUCCGGUUUGAGAUGAUCAAGGGUGGCGGCUCUGCCAACAAGCAGCAGGGUAUCUUCAUGGACAACGGUUCCGGUGGUUUCAUGUCCGAUCUCACCUUCAACGGCGGUAACUACGGUGCCUUCUUCGGUAACCAGCAGUUCACCACCCGUAACCUGACCUUCAACGACUGCAACACUGCCAUCUACAUGAACUGGAACUGGGCCUGGACCUUCAGCUCGGUGACCAUCAACAACUGCCAGGUCGGUCUGAACAUGUCCGCCUCGCCUUCCAACCAGACCGUCGGUUCUGUCCUCAUGCUGGACAGCACGUUCACCAACACCCCCACGGGCGUGGUGACUGCUUUUUCUGAGGACAGCAUCCCCACCGGAGGUGGCGCGCUCGUCUUGGACAACGUCGACUUCACUGGCUCCACUGUUGCUAUCGCGAGCGUUGACGGCACCACAAUCCUGGAGGGCGGAUCCGUCGUGGCCAACUACGUCCAGGGUGGCGCGUACACUUCCUCCUCUGUCACUCUCAAGAAGCGUGCUCCCGCAGUGCAAGCCACUGAGGAUGUCCAGUAUAUCUAUGAGACUGUCACCGAAACCAUCACCGCGUGCGCUGCCGACUAUGAGACGUCCGCCGUUGCCGCCCUGCCAACCGCUUCUGGCGCCGCCGCUGCUGACGAUGUGUUGACCACGGACCGUUCCCUGCCUGCCUCCCUCUCCGUGGAGUACCCCGCGGCCUCUGGUAACAGCUGGGCUGGAUUCGACAGUGCCACCAGUGAGGGUGUCCAAGCCACGGGCGUGUCAGUCGUAUCAUCUGCCCUUGAGUCUUCUCCCGCCAUCCAGACGUACGGUGCCUCCGUCAUUCCCCAUCAGUCUGGCGGUGUAUCUUACGUCCCGAACGCGGCUUCGUCCUCUGCCGUGUACGCGUCCGCGUCCGCAUCUUCCGGCCACUACUAUGGUACUUCCGGCAACGCGACCGGACAGUGCACGACCAAGACCGUCACUAAGACCCGCAUCGAAACCAGCCUUCCUUCCCAGGCCAAGCCCAGCGCUCUCCUGAACAGCGACGGUGGCAUCGUGGAGCGCUCCAAGCCUCUGUACGAGUCGUACGCGGCUUCUGCCUUCCUUAGUGUCAAGUCCGCUGGUGCCAAGGGUGAUGGAACCACCGAUGACACUGCCGCCAUCCAGAAGGUGCUGGACAGCGCCACCUCAGACCAGAUCGUCUACUUCGACCACGGUGCCUACAUCAUCACCGACACCAUCAAGGUGCCCAAGGACAUCAAGAUCACCGGUGAGGUGUGGCCCAUGCUCAUGGCGUACGGCGACAAGUUCGCCGACCAGGAGAACCCUAUCCCCAUGCUGCAGAUCGGCGAUGUUGGCGAUGUCGGCGAGGUCGAGCUCAGUGACCUGAUCGUCGAGACCAAGGGCCCGGCCCCCGGUGCUAUCCUCAUCCAGUGGAACGUUGCCGGCUCCUCCCAAGCCGCUGCUGGUAUGUGGGACGUUCACGCCCGCAUUGGUGGCUCUGCCGGCACCGAGCUGCAGAGCUCCGAAUGUGCGAAGACCCCGGACGUCACCACGACCCCCAACUCCAAGUGCAUUGGCGCCUUCCUGCUUUUCCACGCCACCGAGAAGUCCAGCCCCUACCUCGAGAACACCUGGUUCUGGACCGCUGACCACGAGCUCGACCUGUCGGACCACGGCCAGAUCAACGUCUACAACGGCCGUGGAGUCCUGAUCGAGACCCAAGAGGCCGCCUGGCUGUGGGGGACGGCCUCCGAGCACAACCAGCUCUACAACUACCAGGUCUCCUCCGCCAAGAACGUCUUCAUGGGCCUGAUCCAGACCGAGACCCCCUACUACCAGGCCAACCCCAACGCCCUGACCCCCUUCACCCCGCAAACCGCCUGGAACGACCCCGACUUCUCCUACUGCACCACCGACUCCUGCCGCAAGGCUUGGGGUCUCCGCAUCACCAACAGCUCCGACACCUACGUCUAUGGCGCCGGCCUGUACAGCUUCUUCGACAACUACUCGCAGACCUGUCUCCUGACAGAGUCCUGCCAGGAGAACAUCGUCGAGGUCGACUGCUCCGACGUGAUCAUCUACGGCCUGAGCACCAAGGCCAGCACCAACAUGAUCACUUCGGCCAGCGGUGAUAGCAUUGUCCCGCAGGAGGGCAACGAGAGCACAUACUGCUCGACUAUUGCUCUCUUCGAACAAUAGUUCGAUCAGUAAUCGUUCCGUUCCUUUUUUUUCUUCUUUUCUCUUUUGCGCGUGUUAUGUUGUCUAUCUAUCAGGGAUCUACGUAUCCAUCUCACCUCGUCUCAUAAAAUCAAAUCUCAUCCAUCUCAUCAGCUUCGAUAUAACCUGGUGCUUGCUUGCUUGCUUGCUUGCUUGCUUGAUUGACUGGAUGAUUUUGAUUUUGAUUUGGGUCCGGUUGGUCGGUCGAUCAGUCGCAGAAUGCAUGUAUGUGGAUACCACUUUGUUAAACAUGAUUGUUGUUCAUACACCAUCAUCGGCUAUUAUAAAGGUCUUAUGGUUGCUUUCCCCCCCCCUUUUCUUAUUAAAUGUUUCCGUUCCGUAAUUGGUAGAUCGUAUCAUGUUAUGCUG